GGCCCGAGCGGCUGCCGGGGUGGCCCGGGAGCGCGGCCCUUCGCCAUGUACACCUUCGUGGUGCGCGACGAGAACAGCAGCGUCUACGCCGAGGUCUCCCGGCUGCUCCUCGCCACGGGCCACUGGAAGAGGCUGAGGCGCGACAACCCCCGGUUUAACCUGAUGUUGGGAGAGAGGAAUCGGCUGCCCUUCGGGAGACUGGGUCACGAGCCAGGGCUGAUGCAGUUGGUGAAUUACUACAGAGGGGCUGACAAGCUGUGUCGCAAAGCUUCUUUGGUGAAGCUGAUCAAGACAAGUCCAGAACUGGCUGAGUCCUGCACAUGGUUCCCUGAGUCCUACGUGAUUUACCCAACUAAUCUCAGGACCCCAGUUGCUCCAGCUCAGAAUGGAAUCCUCCCGCCUAUCAGUAACUCAAGAACAGAUGAAAGGGAAUUCUUCCUGGCUUCUUAUAACAGAAAGAAAGAAGAUGGAGAAGGCAAUGUUUGGAUUGCAAAGUCAUCAGCUGGUGCCAAAGGUGAAGGCAUUCUCAUCUCCUCAGAGGCUACAGAGCUUCUGGAUUUUAUAGACAACCAGGGCCAAGUGCACGUAAUCCAGAAAUACUUAGAGCACCCUCUACUUCUGGAGCCAGGUCAUCGCAAGUUUGACAUUCGGAGCUGGGUCUUGGUGGAUCAUCAAUAUAACAUCUACCUCUAUAAAGAGGGUGUACUUCGGACUGCCUCAGAACCGUAUCAUGUUGAUAAUUUCCAAGAUAAGACCUGCCAUUUGACCAAUCACUGCAUUCAAAAGGAGUACUCAAAAAACUAUGGGAAGUAUGAAGAAGGGAAUGAAAUGUUCUUUGAGGAGUUUAAUCAAUACCUAACAAGUGCUUUGAACAUUACCCUGGAAAGUAGUAUCUUACUACAAAUCAAACAUAUUAUAAGAAGCUGCCUGCUGAGCGUGGAGCCCGCCAUCAGUACCAAGCACCUCCCUUACCAGAGCUUCCAGCUCUUCGGUUUCGAUUUCAUGGUGGACAAGGAGCUGAAGGUCUGGCUCAUCGAGGUCAAUGGCGCUCCUGCUUGUGCUCAGAAGCUGUACGCAGAGCUGUGCCAGGGCAUCGUGGACAUAGCCAUAGCCAGUGUCUUCCCGCCCCCAGACACCGAGCAGCAGCCGACCCCGCCCGCUGCAUUCAUCAAGCUGUGACCCAGGGGUGUUCAGAGCUGCCUCAGAAGAAGUACCGGGUCCUGCUGCCAGGGAAGGUGAAGUGACCGGAUUGCUCAUCAUCCAGCUGAGACAGGAGCAAAGACAGGCAACUUGGAAAGGUGUGAUGGAAGGGAGAGCAUGGGGAGAAAGGACUUCCCCGAAGAGUGGCUGCUCUGGGCUCUUGUGGGAGCCUCAACGCUGCUGUUCCAGAUUUGAAGACUGAGGCAGACGUCUCUAAGGGGAGAGCAAAGUAUCCUUUGGAGGGCAAAAAACCAGGAGUUUGAUUAUUUUAUGUUCUUAUCCUUUGAAAAAUCAGAUUUUUAUCGCAAAGCAGCGUCACGAGCAGCACCUCUCCUCCCGGGGUUGCAGCGUGGACCUCUGGCUGGUGUCUUCCCACCUGCUGCAGCCUUAGUGCCUUACCUGUCCACCCAGCUGCAACCCUUCUGUUCUGGGACGUGCUUGGAUGUCAGAGCAUUCUGGAGGUUGCCUGCGUGUCCCCUGGUCAUCCCCCUCCACAGCACUGCACCGUAAAAUCCGGACAAGCAUGCAUCACUAGUCCGCGGUCUGUGCUGUGGCCGUGUCGCUGUGAGGGGGUUCCUUGUGUUCCCGAGAGGCUCUGGUCAGUCGCCUGUCGGGCUUGGUACAGCCUGGACUCCUAAACCACAAGCGCUGCUCUCUGCAUGUUUUAGAAACCAAGUGGCGAGUCUGCCACAAACUCGGAAGCAUCCAAUAAGCAUGAGCGAGAAAAAACACGAUGUCUUGCUUUACUUCAUACUUGAGGGUAGUGGGUCUUUGAAAUAUAACGCCUCAGUUAUCUUUGUUUUAACCAGAAUUCUAUGUGCGCUUUUGCAAAGUUCCCUUUUCUUCACUUUUUUUUUUUAAAGAUUUAUUUAUUUGUGCAUACAGAACUGGGGUAUAGGUUAGAGGC